CUCGUACUUGCCGCCGCUCGAGCACGCGCCGCCGGCCUGUCGCACUCCGUGUCCUCUCUAACGAACUCGGUCUCCUUCACUGCGCGACGCUUGCCAUUAUAUCGCAAUCAGUUCAUAUUGCACUUUGAAACACGAUGGACAAGCUCACCAAGAUCCUCGUCCUCAACGCGGGCAGCUCGACGCUCAAGUACAAGCUCUUUGCUGCGUCGCGCGCCGUGGCCAAGUCGCACCUCUCGCUCGCGCCCAUGAUCUCGGGCAUGGUCGAGAUUGGCGAGGUCUCCAAGGUUACGCACAAGACGCACGGUGAGAACCCCAAGAAGAUGGAGCUCCCGGACGCCAAGCUCGACGACCACAAGACUGCGCUCUCGCUCGUCAUUGACCUCCUUUGCGACCCGAGCUUUGGCGGCCUCGCCCACAAGAGCGACAUCAACGCCAUCGGCCACCGCGUCGUGCACGGCGGCGAACGCUUCUCGGACGCGUCGCUCAUCACACCUGGUAUCAUGGGCGCGCUGGAAGAGAGCAUUGCGCUCGCACCGCUGCACAACCCGGCCAACAUCCUCGGUAUCCAAGUCGCGACCGAGCUCCUCGGCGAUGCCUGCCCGCAGGUCGCUGUGUUUGACACGGCGUUCCACGCGACAAUGCCGCCGUCGGCCUUUCUGUACGGCCUUCCGUACAACCUGUACAAGGAGCACGGCGUCCGGCGGUACGGCUUCCACGGCACGAGCCACAGCUACGUCGCGGCGCAGGCGGCCAAGCACCUCAACAAGCCGCUAAGCGAGUGCAACUUUAUCACGUGCCACCUCGGAAACGGUGCGAGUGUCACGGCCAUCAAGAACGGCCAGAGCAUUGACACGAGCAUGGGCUUGACGCCGCUCGAGGGGCUUGUAAUGGGCACGCGGUCCGGCGACAUUGACCCGGCGAUCCCGACAUUUCUCCACAACCACGUGGGCAUGAGCUACGCCGAGAUCGACACGAUGCUCAACAAGAAGAGCGGGCUCCUCGGGCUCUCGGGCGACGCCGACAUUCGCGUGCUCCAAGACCGGUUCCGCGCCGGCGACGCCCACGCAGACCUGACGCUCGACGUGUUUGCCCACCGCGUGCGCAAGUACAUUGGCGCGUACCUCGUGCAGCUGUCGCCGCGCCUCGACGGCAUCAUCUUUACGGGCGGCAUUGGCGAGAAUUCGUGGAUCCUCCGCAACAAAAUCCUCAAGGAUCUCGCCCACGUCGGCGUCGUCGUCGACAAGAGCCGCAACGAAGUCGACCUCAACACCAACGUCCUCGAAGUCCACGCCGAUACGAGCAGCGUCCCGAUCCUCGUCGUGCAAACGGACGAAGAAAAGAGCAUUGCGGCCCAGACGUACCGCAUCGUGCAGGAAUAAGCCGACAAUAAUGUCAUCAACUACAAACACACA